GCUUGGAGUCUAUAAAAAGGCAGUUGCACAGUAAGUAAUUUAUACGUGGUCAGCAUUGACUCUAUGGAUUUACUCAUUCCUUUUCCUCUUUUUUUGUCAUCCUUUCCCACCAAGGAGUCCCCAGCCCCAGAUGUCGGGUGAGGAGGGGGGCUGAAACUUCUGCUCUCUGGAGGAAAGGUUGCAGGUGAUGAAGAGGAAGAGAAGCUGAAGGAGCAACUCUGGUAAAUAGGGUCUCUUGCCUUUUGGAAAAUGCAUUUACUGCACGCCUUGGCAAGUCCCUCGGAAAGAACAGAACGUGUUUGCUUCUAGAGAUGAACACGUCCUCUCAACUGUAUGUUUCUGAACUAAACCUGAGUGCCUUUGGCAGCAACUUUACUGUGCCUACUGUCAAGAGCAAGUCAUCACCAUGUGAGCAAGUGGUCAUUGCAGCUGAGGUGUUUCUAACUCUGGGCAUUGUAAGCCUCCUGGAAAAUAUCCUAGUUAUAUGUGCAAUAGUUAAGAACAAGAACUUGCAUUCGCCCAUGUAUUUUUUUGUUUGCAGUUUAGCAGUGGCUGACAUGCUGGUUAGUGUGUCUAAUGCUUGGGAGACAAUAACGAUAUACUUAAUAAACAAUAGACACAUAAUUAUGGAAGAUGCCUUUGUCCGUCAUAUAGACAAUGUCUUUGAUUCAAUGAUCUGCAUAUCUGUGGUGGCUUCCAUGUGCAGUUUGCUGGCUAUAGCAGUAGACAGGUAUAUCACUAUCUUCUAUGCUCUUCGUUAUCACAACAUCAUGACAGUGAAAAGGUCAGGGCUUAUUAUUGCAUGCAUCUGGACCUUUUGCACGGGCUGUGGCAUUAUCUUCAUUCUUUAUUAUGAAUCAACUUAUGUGAUCAUUUGUCUCAUCACUAUGUUUUUUACCAUGUUGUUCCUCAUGGUCUCGCUAUACAUCCAUAUGUUCCUCUUGGCUCGUACUCACGUGAAGAAAAUUGCUGCUUUGCCUGGGUACAACUCGGUCCGUCAAAGAACCAGCAUGAAAGGAGCCAUCACUCUGACUAUGCUUCUUGGCAUCUUCAUUGUUUGCUGGGCUCCAUUCUUCCUUCAUCUCAUCCUGAUGAUCUCCUGCCCUCAAAACCUCUACUGUGUUUGCUUCAUGUCCCACUUCAACAUGUACCUCAUUCUCAUUAUGUGCAACUCAGUGAUCGAUCCCUUGAUCUAUGCCUUUCGUAGCCAAGAAAUGAGGAAGACCUUCAAAGAGAUAAUUUGUUGCUAUAGCCUGAGAAUGGUCUGUGGGUUAUCAAACAAGUAUUAAGAAAACAAAGCCAAACCAGGGAACAAAAUUGAAAUGCAACAUCUUGCUGCAUCUUGUAAUCCUGCUGAAAUGCCUAUGGAACACCUUUUUCCAUUCAGCUGUCAUGACCUCUGUGGCAAUGAGAAACCAUUUUUUAUUAUGUGAUUCUACUGUUCUUUGCCUCCACACACCUCUCUCACACUGGUGGUAGGAGCUACUCAGUGUGUAUUAUGGGAUGAAAGAAUAUUUUGAAUCUCAUUUACCCUACUGAAGACUGGAUCUUAUAAGAGGAUUAUACAGGGAAAGUCUUAUUUUUCUUUCUACCGAAUGAGUGAGAUCUGACAUACAAAUGAGCCCAUCAGCCUCUAAGAGUGUGUUUCUCUUGAUAUUCUUUGUCUCUCUAGAUACAGCAUGGCUUAUUUUGAUGCCCAGAAUCAACAGGUUUUUUGCUAUUUCCUUCUGAAGACAUGAAAUCAGAGAAGUAGCUCCAAUUAUCAGGAUUCACAUACCUCACUCAACAGUUGCGAUCAAUAUAUACACACAUAUCAAGCAGUCUUGUAUUCCAAUCAUGACUGUUACUGUCAUAAAAUAUGUAUUACGUAAGAGGACAGUGUUACCACAUGAUUUUCUGUGUUGGAUCCAGUUCUUUGUCGUGUCUGGCUAUAUGUGUUCUUGUUACUGUGGGAUAGGUUGUACCAUAGGUGGAUUUUAAGGCUGAAUAUAAAGACUGGGAUUAUUCUAGUUUGUCUGUUUCCUUUAUUUGCUGGGUCUAGGGAAAUAAAGGGUACAUGGCCUCUAGAGUCAUGUAAUGUUUUGUGGAGAUGGAAAGACUUGGUGAGUGGCUGCCUUUAUAUAGACAUUAGAAAAAUGUUUCAGCUAGGAGUAGCUUUUGUUAGUGGAGGAAGAUGUACCGUAAAUGGCAUCUUUCAAGCUGAGAGAGAAAAAACAAGUUUGAUGACCAGAAGGCAUAGCAGGUGAUGGCAAAACAGGGAUUUAAAAAACUCAGGCAUAUGUAGCUGUAGCAGAGAGCACUGACUUUUGCUCCCCAAACAGUUUUUAUCUUUGUUGAGAGGACUCUGAGGUGAAAUCCUCCAUGUCUUUUGUGUCAAUAAUUUGCAUCUAGUCAUGCUCUCAUUAACAUGCUGUUCUGCCAUAGCUGUGUAAUGUACAAGAUAUUGGAUUUAUCACAGAUGAAGGAAGUGCAACUGUGGCAUUGGUUUUUUGAUGCCAAUGGAUGUCAAUAUCUUGCACUGCGGUAUAAGCUAUGAAAAAAUUUCAAGCAGUGGUACCCUACUGAGUAGAUAUCAGAAAAUAGCGUGGAAAAAUGAAUUAUUUCUUUCAAGAAGCUGAAAAAAUAACCCUUGUUAUACUUGGUUUAGGGAUGCUCUAAAACUGUUGCUGUCAAUAAAAGGACUACAAUUAAUCAAUGGGCCUCAGGUUAUACCUUCAAGGUGGAAGUCCUGAUUAGAUGUUAGGAAUCUUUUUUUACCAUAAGUGUGGUCAAACGUGGGAACAGGGGCCCAAUGGCUGUGCAAUUUCCAUCCUUGGAGAUAUUCAGAACUUGACAGAACACAACCCUGAACAGUCUGCUCUAAAUUUAAAGUGGACUCUAACUUUGAAGUUGGCCCUGCUUUGAAUUAUUAGGAAUAGAUGACCUUCACAAUUCCUUUCCAACUCAAGUUAUUCUGUGAUUCUAUGAAAAAGUUAGCAUAUUAUGAUAAAAUUAUAAUUGUUACCCUCUUCAUUUAAUCUCUUAGGUAAGAAGAAUUGUAAAAUAUUCCUCUCCACACAUAUAGAAAGAUAACAUACUUCAUGUCAUCAUUUGCUGUGGAGGUUUCUGGCAGGAUAAGUAAGGUGCGUCUUUGGCACCAGAGUUAUGCUUUUUGCCUGCUCCACCUUAAAAUAUAUACUGUCUCCAGCUUGCACUUAUCUCUCCCUAAUGUGAAUGGGAAUGUUAUUCUCAGUGAAGAUACUGUUGACUGUAAAUAUAAUGAUUGUAUCAGUGCACUAUGCACUGGAAUCUUCCUUCAGCUAUAUCUGAAAAUGGGAUUUCAGAGCUACGUUUGUGGUCGGUAGUGAGAGUCCUGCCUUGUUUCAGUCCACCUCUAAAUCCUAUCCAUAAAAAGCACCUAAGGGUGGUUCUCACUACUAUGAAUGCAAAUAGCAAAAGGAGACAGCUCAAUUACAUAGUGAAAGGCACCAGCUGAUGUUGUAAAUAAAUCAUUACAUCUUCACUGGGUAUUGCAAAUGAGAGAGUCCUGUACAUAACUGUAGAUCAACAAAGAGGAAGCCAAAACUGUAAUAGCUUUGGGUAUUUUCUUGAAUUGUACAUUACUUUUUUGUUGGAAGUUCAUUUGAUGUAUAAACACAGACAUAUGAAGAAACUAUUAAACUGGAUUGCUGGAAAACCAA